UUACAUCAAAAUGGCACCUGGUUUUGGCUCCACAGCCGACAAUGUUUAUGUCCUACCAGGUCUUAUCAGUAAUAAGAAAAGUUUUAAAGGCGGUAAUUUGUUGAGAAGGCCAAGAGCUCCUAAGAUACUACCGGAACUAAGUGCAGCCAAUGACAAAGAUGACAUUGAAAAUAAAUAUCUAGAUUUAGCAAAACCAGGUCAAGACAGUAACUCUAUCAUCAGACUUUUCCAAGAUGCUUUUGAACUUGAGGCACUUCAGGAUGUUAUUGUUGAUCCAACACUCCUUGCAAGUGGUGGUAGCCGAGAACCAAGUUUGGCUUCUCCUCCUCCGCCCUCAGAGUCUGAUAAAGUUCACAAGACUCGUCAAUCUCUUGAUAAUUCUAGGUCUGCCCAGAUGAGACUGUGGCAGCAGCCCCUUGAGCGAAAUGCUUUUUUCAUUGAAAAAGAUGAUUUAAAAUAUAUCCUUGACCCACUUUUAAGAGGUAAGACAAGUUUAGGGACAUACGUUGAUGGCAAAAGUCUUGCCAAGCCAUUCAAAUCUAGAGGUCCUGAUCCACUGCCUAGACGACCACCUAGGAGGCCAGUUGACCUACGCCUGAAUUAUGAUGUGGAUGACCCAAGGUACUUUCAGCCACCAGCUUUUACUCUUGAAUAUUUUGUUUACAAAUUAGCUGAGAAAGCAAACAUGUCUGUACCAAGAGUGCGAAAAGUUGUAUAUUCCAGGCAUAAUGUUAAAAAGCUGACUGAUAUGCUGGCCAGGGAGAUAAACCCUCCAUCACAGAGCCAGCUGUACACUAUCACAGUUGAUGGUACAAAUGUGCCAGCCAAAGAGAACAGAAUACCUCGAAGACAGCUGCUGUAUGAGAUGGCAGCUUUGCUGAAGCUUCACAUCAAGGAAAUGACAGGAUCAGAGAUGAAGUCCACGAUCAGACCUGUGUCCAAGUUUAGUUCACAUCCUUCAGCUACAAACAAGCCUAGCACAGAAAUAGUUUUGUAUGAAGACGAUGCUGCCUUAAGAGCGUCUGCAGCCUCUAGAAUCAUACAACAAACAGAAGCGCCUGGUGUUGAUGCCGUUUUGCACUCUACACACUCUCGAUAUUUUGAGGGAUCAGGGAGAAGCAGAUCACCUUUUGCUGUGCCAGAGGAGGAGUCUAUUACCCCAUCUGAAUUGGCUAUAUUGGACACUCUCAUGUCUGGCGGAACAGCCUUAAGCUUGAAGGCUCAUUUCAUAGACACUUUGCCUGAUAUCACGCCCAUGUCUACAACAUUAGUCUAUCUGAACUUGAGUUUCAACAACUUUCAGUAUUUUCCUCUUGAGGUCCUGGACAUAAGUAAUCUAGAAAUAUUAAAGCUACGCAACAAUCCAUUGACUGAGUUACCUCCUGACAUCAUCAAGCUUAAGAAACUGAGGGUUUUAAUUGUGUCUUUCUGUUUACUUACAGCAUUGCCUUUACCAUUAUUUGAAAUGCCAGCUCUAGAAGAUCUUGGACUCAAUUAUAAUAAACUUACAUCACUGCCAAAUGAAAUCUCUUUACUACGGACAUUAAAAGUUCUGGACUUAGAAGGCAACCAGCUUCAUGCCUUGCCUGCUGGCUGUCUGACCCUGCCUCACCUGACCCAUCUCAACCUCAGGAAUAAUUUCAUGCACCCUUUGUUUUGGAAGGACCACUCAAAGAAUAAACCCCAGAGGCUACUUGAUCUAUCUUGUGUUCAAGUCUACAAGUCAAACUUACAUAAGAACCUUGACCUUGAAUUGAGAAAAGAUUUCAUCUCUUUACUGAGCAGAGUAGAAAUAUGUGAUUGCUGUAAGGGGCCCAGGUUUGGGCCAGGACUAAGAACCAUCUGUGCAGUACCAAGACUUUUCUCCAUCAAAAAUGUGCCAUUUUCAUUUAGAGCCUGUACUCCAGAGUGUCUGAUGAGUUUCAAGGGAAUGAACUCUGAGAAAUUGAAAAACUUUCUCUACUCUCAAUAAUGUUCAUUUUAUAAGAACAAAUUAAAAACAAAAGCUAUAUAAAUUGACUGUUGAUCUAUUUACAAACUACUAACAUAUACAGUUAUCAAAAUAGAAUAAGGCAUGGCUAUAAAAUAAUGUUUGGUGUCACAAGGUUUGAUUUAAAGUAAUGUUAUCAAAUUGCUGUCUCCUAUAAUCUCAAAAAAGCAAUUCACUAAUUGAGGCACAAUUAGUUAUGACCUCAGUUUUUUUAACAGUUCAUGUACAGUUUUUCCAUGUUUCUGAGAGUCGUCUUCACCAAUGCAUUAAAUAAUAUCAUUUGAAGACAAAACAUCAUCUCAAGCAAAGAUCUGAAAAGAAGGAAACACACUCCCUUUGACAGACCUACACUUUCUUUUACCCUCCCUGUCCGAUUUUAAAAUUGCACUCUCUAUGCACUCAAUAAUGUUUUGAUAAAUAGGCUAGUAUUAUCCAAGUAACAAAGGGACAUAAUCUUAUUACAAAAUUUUGUAUGGCAUGUCUCCAUCCUACUUUAGCAUACCGGUACUAGGUGCCCUUUGGUCCAACCUUUUUUGGGCGUGAAGGAGGGGUCAUCUAGAGGAAGGUUUUCAUGUUGCCUUUAGGCGCUCAGCCAAUACAAUUCAGCUCAAGUAAAGUCUUAAAUGAAACAAGCUUGAUCUCCAAUGUUGUUAGAACUCCAGCCCUGUUAGUGAGGUAGCCAAUCACUUCAUGACACUUGGCUCUAAGAAUUGCUGUGAAUGUGUUCUUAAAGACAGACUAGAUGUAUAUGCAAUAUGUAGAUUUUGCUGGAAGUAAACUGUAGAACAUUGUUUUGUUAAUUUAGCUUACCUUUUUUAAAGAGGUAAAAAAGAGAAUAGAAUGCCUAUGACUGCUCAGCUAAAUGCCAAAACAUACUAUAAUCGUACUAUUUUUAAAACGCUCACUGUUGUCUUGGCCUAUUGUAACUCUGCGUAUCUUGGAUGUCUAGAACAUUUUUUUAAAAAAGAUUUUGAUUUCAUGUUUAGGUUUUUGUAUUUUGACAGAGAUAAGUUAAGAUUCAUCCAUUGUUUAAUUUUUUUGUUUUCCAUUGCUGUUUGAAAUUACUUUUAAAGAAAAAUCAUUUUUGAAGUGUGAUAUUUUACCAAAUAUUUGGAUUAUUUUACAUGUGCUUGUGAUAUGAAUUACUAUAUCCUAGCCUGGACGACAGGAAAUGGAAGCAGGUAGCAUUUAAACCCAGGACCAUAGAGAUAACCAAACGACAGUCUAGAGCACCACACAAACAAUCAUCCAGGAUUCACUAGUAAUAAUUAGUGUGCCAAAGGCAUUCAGGCUAAUUGGAUUUUUUCUUUAAUAAAAACAGGUUGUUGUUUUUCUGUCUUCUUCUUGCUCUCCUGUGAUUAUUCUAUUUGCCACAGAACUUGAACUCUUAUUCUUGCUUGUUUAAAUGCAUUCAUGUCAUAGACUCUGUGAUGUUUUGAUUGUAAUCCUACACUAUUAUAAAUAAAAUAUCAAGUUAAC